AUGGCUGCUGGUCGUCUUGCCCUUUGCGUCCUGGCCCUUGUUGCCGCGGUCGCUGCCUCGUCGGACGACUAUUACCUGCUGCGCCUUCAAGUCUGUGAUGGCCAGCUCACCAUCCACGGCCUCUGGCCUCAGUGGGCUCAAGAGUGCAACGGCUCUGCCUUUGACGUGAAUCUCCUCAAGCCCAUUCGCACCCAGAUGGAAUCAGACUGGCCCUCGUGCGUCGGCAACAACGGCAACGAAGACUUUUGGGCUCACGAGUGGUCCAAGCACGGUACCUGCACCGGCCUGGUCGAGCUCAAGUAUUUUGAGACUGCCCUUAACCUCUACAGCGAGGUUGUGAGCAACGGCCAGACCGACAACUGCUUUGACAAGUCGUUCAACAAGAUCGACUGCCCCAACAGCAGCAAUGGUCUCAAGAAGAUCCGCAUGUAA